AGUGAUGUCGGCGGAAACGUGGACAGUUGAAAGCUUGCACAAUCUUCCCAUUGGAUGUGUAACCUUCAACCCUGACAAUACAGUUGUUGCUGCAUGCAUCGGAUCCGCUUGUGUGCUUUACUCGGUUACCGAUGGAAUAAGAAUCACAGUGCUGGAACAUAAGGACAAUUUAGCUUCUGCUUUCUUUGUAGAAUUAGAUAAGUUAUUGGCUGUGACAAGAAGUGGAGAGAUAACGGAAUGGUCGGUUAUUGGUGAGAAUCAAGCACAAGUCUCAUCUCAUAAAAUCACAGCAUUUCCUGUCAAGAAGGCGGUGUAUCUGCGAGAAAGUCGACGCUGUAUGAUCGUCGUCGAUCAUGGAGAUAAUUUAACAGUCGAUAGUGUCAUGCAUGAGAAGUCGUUGACAACCGUUGCGAAGCUUCCUGCUUCCAUCAAAUCUGAGCAAAUCGCUAUCACGGAGCAUUAUGUAGCCUACUGUAGCGGUAAAGAAGUUUUCAUGAUUCCAACUGAGGAAGAUUCCGAAAUGUCGCCAAGUAGUUUUGUUUGCAAAACACACAUUGAAGGCUUGGGAGACCGAAAUGCUGACAACGUCUUUAUUAGGAUUACGGCUUCGGGUGAUACGAUCGCUGCAACGCUAGCCAUUGGAAGGGUAUAUGUUUGGUCGAAUGUGUCCCAGAAAGGCGUGCAAGAUUCUGCUUUUACUAUUCAUUGGCAUAAGGUCGCCCCUAGCAUAGCUUUGACUCAUUAUGGCGGUUUACUUUCCGCUGGAGCUGAAGGCGUCCUCUGUAAAUUCACGCUCACGGGUACGGGUCGACCGAGUAUGCUUCCACGCCUUGCUGCUGCUGUGCGUGAUUUGGCUCUCUCCGACGAUGACAGUCACGUAGCAAUCAUACUAGAGGACAAUUCAUUGCAUGUGGUGGUCACAUCAAGCAUGAAUAUACUUUCUACUCUGGAUACGGUAGCUACAUGCAGACGCUCGUUGAAUUCUGUUUUCACCACGGAUCCUUCUGCACCGAAUAUGUUGGUUAUGAAUGGCAAACCGGGUUCCCUGCAGUGGAUCGAUUGUGCUGCUUCGAAAACUGACCAUCAGACUAGUUUUUCGCUGGAAAAUGUAGCUGAUGGUGAUAUGUCGUUUGCUGGAAUCACUCAAACAUUUCCUGAUGUUGAACAGGUUUUCUUAUCGAGUACUACAAUAGUGACGCUUGAAACUGUUAUCAACUUCGAAGAAGAGCACAAGCGCCUACGCUUUUGGGAGCGCAUCGAAGGAAGCAACCAUUCUGUGCAAGUGGUUGAUUCGUUUAUUGUUUCCAAAGAGACCAUCGAUGUGACUGGCUUCAGGCGACCUAAUUCUAUCUCUGAAAAAAUAUUCUUCUCAAUCAUGAAAACGGGAAGAGUGAAUGUGUGGAUACCCUGCGAAGACGGAACACGAUACAAAUUGGACCCAGUGAGACAGAUUGAUCGGGAAUCCGAAUUUCAUGCUGGCUCUGUUAUACAUCAAGGAAUGUGGGCAUCUGCACACCCAGAAGGUGCCAACGACACUGACGUUGUCAUUGUUUGGAAUACGUCUGAUUUGACCGAAAUUGAAGUGUUGCGCACGGAUGGGAAAGUUAGUAGUGUUGAAUUUGAUGGAAAGAAUCAUCUGAUUUGUGCCACUGACAAAAGCGUAAAGUGUUGGCGACAUUCGGCAAUGCAGAUAGAGUGCCUCUGGAUUGUCGAACAAUCACUGCGAGUGCACGUCUCACCACUGGGAGGUUUCGCUUGGAAUGAAAACAACGUCAUGGAAUUUGAUGUGGAAACUGCUGCUCUGAAAAUGUCUUUCCAAUUUGGUGCGCCUGUAGAUGAUCUGUUGGCGCUCGGUGAUGGGACUCACGUCGCUGUUGUUGCUAGGACUGAAAAGGGGUUGCUCUUUGCCCACCCCAAGGAGGACGAGAUGCGAACUGUGCAAGUGUCAAGUUCAACGGCAAAGACCCCUUUUGCCCAGCUGGCCCCCGCCAAAUCAUCUUCGAAAACAUCGGCCGAAGCUGUUGCACGACCUGCAGCGAAGGGUGCAGCCAUACGCUUAUUCGACGGUCCGUGCCAUGUUCUUCCACCUGUUUCUCAUCUUGCACCGAUAUUUAUCGCUCAGUGCUUAGCACCACCACUCUCCGAGCAAAAGUGACUACCGAUUGCACAUUUAUAUCAUUACGUUAAACAUAUUUUUUACUUUUGUGGACAUCGGUAACCAGGUUUAUUACAAAAGAUUUGCUGAAUUUCCUCUAUUUCUUGGC